AUGCCGAGUUUUUUUGGGUGCCAAGAUGCCCGUUUGAACACUGAGCCACUUCUGAACAUGAUGGACGAGUUACAACCGGUGCAGACUAUCAGAGACCAUCUACAUGGAAAGAUGUAUUUGCUUGUUCUUGAUGACGUUUGGAGCAUUGAAGCAUGGGAAAGCUUGAGCAUUGCAUUGCCACGAGGUAAAGAAGGAAGCAGGGUCAUAGUCACCACCCGCAUUGAGAGGAUAAAAGUAUUUGAUGCACCGGACUAUAAUUGUCCUCCAGAGCUAGAAAAUAUUGGCAGAGAAAUCUUGCAAAAGUGUGAUGGACUGCCACUUGCAAUUGUGACAAUCGGAGGUCUUCUAGCUUCCAAGCCUGAUAAUAAUUUUGAGGAAUGGAAAGACUUGCGCGACCACCUUCGUUUGGAGAUACAGACUAAUGAUAUGCUGUCAAAGAUCAAUCAGAUACUAGGUUUGAGUUACAAUGACUUGCCUUACUAUCUCAAGCCUUGCUUCUUGUUCUUAGGCACCUUCCCUGAGGAUUAUGAGAUUCGUCGGGAGCGUCUGAUGAGAAGGUGGAUUGCCGAAGGGAUUGUGCAUGGCGUAGAUGGCUUACCCGAUGAGAAAAUGGCCGAGCGCUGCUUCAACCAAUUGGUGAAUCGUAGCUUGGUGCAGCCGUCAGAAUUUGAUGAUAAUGGGACAGUGAGAUCCUGCCGCGUCCAUGACAUGAUGCUCGAUGUCAUAAUCUCGAUUUCAAGAAAGGAGAACUUUGCGGUGGUACUGAAUAAGCACUCCACGCAGACGAACAUUCAGCCUCGACAUCAGAGGAUAAGACGCUUAUCCUGGCAGAGAGGAAGCAGUACUGGACUAGUGCCUAACAUAGCUGAUCUGUGCCACCUCCGAUCCUUCACUGCAACUGCCUAA